AUGGUGACCACGAAUCAACUUCUCAACAAGAACAAAGAAAAAGACUGUAUCGCAGUGACGCCUGAUCGGAAGUACUACAAUACCAAAACUGCUUUUGUGAAGCGCAGUCUGCGGCCUGCAGAAUGGCAAGUCAGCGCCUUCCUAGGCAAAAUCAUCGUCCCUCGCCUUGGAGAAGAGCGUCUCCUCAAUGAAGCCGCUGCACUCGACUUUAUCACCGCCAACACUACUAUACCAGUACCAAAAGUGCUGACAUGCUUCGAAGACGAUGGCGCUGUUUAUCUUGUUACGGAACUCAUCGAUGCAAGAAGAAUGGACGAGUUAUCUGAUCCUGAUCGUGCUAUUAUUGCAGAAGAGCUCGAAACCUACGUAUCUCAACUGCAUAGUCUUCGCUCCUCGAAUCUGGGUGGUUGUACUGGUCUGGCCAUUCCUCCUUAUCGCGUCUGGGAGAAGACUCCUCGUGACGAGUGGAAGUUUCGACCUUCUGGUGCCGAGGAAUAUGUUUUCUGCCAUAUGGAUCUUUCGCGGCAGAAUGUGCUGGUCUGCCAUGACGAGCUAAAGAUCAAAGCGAUCAUCGAUUGGGAGUACUCCGGAUUCUGGCCAGAGAAGUUUGAAAAGAGGUUCUAUGAGCGACUGGGGCCUUCCGUUGCAUUGGAAGGAGAGGUUGAUGAUGUAGAUGAGAUACUCAGUCUGAUGAACGAGAAGUUAGUGCGUUGA